AUGGAGACAAAGAAACAAGAACAUACCAAGAACUGCAGUGACUGGAAGUUGGUAUGGGAUGAAGACAAAAUACCAAUGGCCUUCCCUCCAGAAAUAGUCACCAGGUCAAGUAGGCCAGAUAUUAUAAUUCAUUCAACUUCAAUGAAGGUAGGAAUAGUUGUAGAACUGACAGUCCCAGCAGAGGAGAACAUGGCUCAAGCAAACCUCAGAAAGAAGUGCAAAUAUGAGGAUCUCAUCAGAGAAGGAAAAGAAGCAGGGUGGGCACUUGUCUACUUCCCAGUUGAAGUGGGAUCUAGAGGUUUUGCUAGCCAAUCACUGAGAACCUGCCUCAAGUUCCUUGGCCUGACAAAAAAAGGAAAUCAAUGUUGCGCUGGAUGCUGUGUCAAGAGUGGCACUACGGGCUACAUAUACUUUGUGGCUGUCAAGAAACAACAAGACUUUCGGAAGUUGGGAGCUGAUCACAAGACCAUAUAUCCCUCCGAUAGGAGAAAACCAGGAAGAGGCCCAACCCAACCAAAAUUGUCAUAA